AUGACUACUAUUAAUAUUGGGAGGUUAUAUAACCAUUACAAAGGGAAUACUGUGGGAAACUCUUCACCUCUUCCGCACAGUAAGUGUUUGACUACCACCAACCGGAUAUCUCCGACCGUUCACGUCAGAAGCCAUUUCGUCAUCAUCAUGGCCGAGUCCUCGCCUAACCCCGAGCACGUGACCGGACUCAUCGCGCCAACUAGUAGUAGCCCGGGCCUGGCCGAUUCGUCCGAGGUGGAUAACGAUCGCUAUGGCGAAUUUGAGGUAUCGUUGGCGUCCAAGGUACAGACGCUCUUCGCCCGGAAAGAGCUAUUUCACGUCAAGCGGCACCGUUACCCAGGGGAGGAUGACCCCACCGGCGCCGCUACGGGCAUGGAGUUCCAGCUAUUGCCUCAGUGUCUGGCGGAGCGCAUGGAGGGGUGGUACAUGCGGCUAUGCAGCGAUAGCCCCGGUGAAGUCGCCGUGUGGCCGUACUUUGGCGCGGAGGUGAUUGGCCAGGCGGUGAGCUUGUAUCAGUGGGACUCUCAUGACCAGCAGUGCCGCCUCCUGUGGGUCCACGGGCAGUCAACCUUCUCGAAGGAUCAGGAUCUGGCUUUCGUGCUCUCAAUCUUGGAGCUGGUGAAGAGCCAGGAGUUUCAGCAUCAUAUGGGGGUUGGGGAGGCGGUCAGUUAG